AUGGCCACUAAAAGUAUGCUAGUUUUCCUUCUGGGAUGUGUGGGGGUAGUCCUUGCAGACGACGAUGCAGAAUUCGUCAACGAUCCUUAUCUUGCCUUUCGUCCCGCAUUCGCCCGCUCGUUGCCUGUGCAGAUCAUGUUGACCGGCGUCGUUCUCACCCUCGUCGCUGUUCUCUUCAUCCACCUCAUGUUCACUGCUCAAUACCACUGGCCCCUCGCCCCAGUCAACUACGUCCUCCAACUCUCCGGGGUUACAACGCUUCUCAUCUCCCUUAUCGCCACCAUCCAUGUCGUUUUGUCUGCCACGAUGGCCGAAAGUGAGAAAUGGCCAUACAUGCUGAGUUAUAUCGCCGUCAACGUCCCGCCACUCGACCUCGAUAAUAAUACGGAGGGCUGGAGUAUCGCGGAGCGUGCUACCUGGCUGGUUAUGAAUGCUUCAACAUCGGGUCUUAUCCAGAUUACGCAUAUUCAAUUCCUUACCCUCCUCUACCCUUCUCGCCUCGAAGGUCGUCUCAUUUUCGCUCUCCUCGGUCCACUCGCUGUUGUCGCCGCCGUGAUGCAGCUGCUCCCAAUCAGCGGGAGCACAGCGGCGAACAACAUUGCAUCGGCAGUACGCAAUGUGUGCAACGCUGCGCUGUCGCUUCUCUUUACCAUCGCACUGUUCAUCUGGGGUCUCCUUGUCAAUCGCAAGCAAGCCUGGCGCACGGAUGGUGGAACAGCUGUCUUCGGAUGUGCGGCCCUCUCCCUGGCCGUCGUUUCUACCGCCCUCAAUUUUCUAUAUGUGCAUAAAGAGGAAGAAUUCGUGUGGCUACCUGCACUGAUGUGGGCUGUCGUACUAUGGCAGAGCUUCUUGGGGUGGUGGUGGUGGGUAGGCGCCGGCAGUGGCGGAGGAUUCAGAGAAGACGAGGAUGAGAGCAUGGAGGAGAAACUGCGGCGCGAAGAAAGAAGGGAAGCUCGACGCAAAGAAGCUCGCGAGAGGAGACGAGAAACGAAAAUACGUGCCCAGAGAGUGUGGAAGGGCGUCGCCGGCGCUUUCUCGACCUCCGCGCAGAGCAGAGAACCGUCCGUAUCGCAAGCCCGUGUCCGGGCACGUUCGAAUGACGAAAACGCCUCUGAGAGCCCGUCGUCGCCCCGACGCGAGACGACGUCCUCGGCACCCUCUGAGCCCUCCUCAUCAAGAUCAAGAGACGCCGACACGACGUCCAUCGCCUCCCGCGCAUCGUCAUCUGUUACGCUCACUUCCCAGCUAACGUAUACUACUCUUCCGCGGAUGCUGCCGACCGUUUUCCACCGGUGGUACGCGUCGCUCCGUCGCGCGCAUAACGACGCUGCGCGGGCGCAGGCUGUCGAGCGCGUCGAACGGAUCAGGGAGUUGGGCAGGCGCGAUAGGCGGCACGCCCCUCCUGAGAGGGAACGUGAUAGCGGUGAGGAAGAAGUGACUACGAGUGCGGAGACCCGGACGAGGGAAGAAGUCGUCGGUUGGGGAUGGGGCUUGGACGGAUUUGGGUGGAGGAGAAGACCGACAAGGAGAGUUGAGGAGAGAAGGGCGCGUGCGCAGGGGAAGGAGAGGCAAAGGACGGACAGCGAGAGUCGGAGUCGGAGUCGGACGCGUCUUGGGUCCAGGAGGAAUAGGAACGGGGCAGACGCGGAUGUGGAUGGUGGGGAGUACGAGAUGGAGGUGCGUAGCUCGGGCACGAGUAACGGCAGGCGGCGGAGAAGACGCGACGACAACCCGGAAGAGGAAGAAGACGAUGAUAUGUACGUGUCGGACCCGGCGUCGCCUACGUCGAGAGACGAAGAAGAGGACGACGAUGAUGCUCAUGGGAGGCGGAGGAAUCAGCGGAGACGGACGGACCAUGACCGCCAGGAGUCGACGGUGGACUCGCCCCUACCUGCGCCGUCCGCUGCGAAUCGCCCGCGUUCGGUAUGGUGGUGGGGUCCGCUGGCGCGCUGGAGGCUGCAGGAUUCGACGACGUAUUGA